GCGGAUGACCCGGAAGCGGACGCGCGACCUUUUUAACAUCUGUGUGAGAGCUCGCCUGCCUUCUUUCCCAGCCAUCUUGGAUUUGAGUAACUGAGGCAAAAUGCCUGGUGAAGCCACAGAAACCGUUCCUGCCACAGAGCAAGAAAUGCAGCAGCCCCAAGCUGAAACAGCUGGGUCUGGUGCUCCUGCCUCAGAAGCUCCAGCUGUGCCUGAUGCAGUCCAAGCACCUGUAUCCCCCGUUUCUCCUGAGAAGUCUGUUCAAACUGCAGCUGCUAUUGAAACCUGUUCUGAGCAUGAAUCAGUUUCCUCAGCCAGUGAGUACAUACAGGCUGAAAGCGAAUCCAGCGGUGCCAGUAAGAUGGAGCUUUCAGCUGCUACUGACUUGCAUGGCCCUGAUCUUCAGCUUCCAUCCCCCCAAACAAUCAACAAUCAACCUUCAUCCCCACUCUCUGCUAAUGUGCUACCUCUUGUACAAUUUCCUUCAGAGCUCUCUCUAUCUUCUGUUCCUAUUGUUUCUUCUGAAGUGCUACCUUCCCCUACUGCCAGUCAACUAUCUCCAUCUCCUGACUUGAUUGAUGUUGAUGAGCUCCCUUCAUCUAAUAUGGUUGCUAUUUCUGUUGAACAAUUGUCAGCUGAUCCAGUUGUUGCUGCCACUGUUGAUCAUUCGAGUUUGGGCAGUGACAAAGUCAGCGGACAAUCUGAGUUGUCACCUCACACUGCUGUUUCUUUGAUCACUGAAUUAGAUUCUGACGUGAGACUGUCCCCAUCUGAUGCUGCUGUUGCUAAUACUAACCCUAUCCCUAUACCUGCCCCUGUAGCUCCCACUGAUAUAACAUCAGCUGAAGUGGUUGAUGGUUCCAGCAUUGAUCAGUUGCACUUGCCCACUGACUCUCCAAAUGCCACUCCUAUAAACAGUCAGGUUUUGGCUGAAUUGGAGGCAAGUAGUUUGCCUGUGUCUGUGACGAAUAAAGAGGUCACCCCUGAUGCUCCAGUUUCCUGCAGUGGUAUUGCUGCUGCUGUGCCCCCAGCUGUUGCGGUUGAUCAGGUGGAUUCACCUGCUGACCAUCCGGUUUCAUCCACCAUUGGGCAUCCCUUAUUAGCUGAUACAGUCGGCAUCCAAGCAGAACUGUCUUCAUCUGACAGUAAUAACAUUACCACCAUGGUGUCCCCUACUGAUAUUGGUGCUGAUAGACCACUGUCAGUUGACCCUGUUACUACUGUUGUUCCUUUGUCCACUAAUUUGGUUGCUGCCACUGUUCAUCCACCUUCAGCUGAUGAUGUUGCAGUUUCUGACCCUGCUGAGCAACUGCCUUCGCCUCGUGACUCUGUUAGUACCAGCUCUGGACUUCCUCCAGGUGACUGUGUUAUAGCUACCACCUCUGUGGUUGCUGCCAAUGCCCUUCAACUGCCUUCAUCUGCUGGUCCACAAGUUGCAACUGGCAUGGCCUUGAAGCUUUUGCCUGAUUUAGUUGCUGUACCUACAGCCACGGAGCCUUUGCCCAAUGAUAGUAUUGUUACUCCACCUAGGUUGUCUAUCCCUGAUGGUGUUACUGUUGGUGGGGGACCUGGGCCCACUGAUGGAAUUGCUGAUCAGGUACCUGCACUCCAUGAGAAUCCAGCCAAAGCUGUGCAGCUUCCUGUGCCCCCUGGAGGUCAGGCGGCCACUGGUCAGGUGCCCUUGCCCCCUGGAGGUCAGGUGCCCUUGCCCGCUGAAGGAGAGGCACCCCCAGUUCAGGCGCCCUUGCCCCCUGAAGGACAGGCGGCCACAGGUCAGGCGCCCUUGCCCCCUGAAGGACAGGCGGCCACAGGUCAGGCGCCCUUGCCCCCUGAAGGACAGGCACCCCCAGUUCAGGCGCCCUUGCCCGCUGAAGGAGAGGCACCCCCAGUUCAGGCGCCCUUGCCCGCUGAAGGAGAGGCACCCCCAGUUCAGGCGCCCUUGCCCGCUGAAGGAGAGGCACCCCCAGUUCAGGCGCCCUUGCCCGCUGAAGGAGAGGCACCCCCAGUUCAGGCGCCCUUGCCCGCUGAAGGAGAGGCACCCCCAGUUCAGGCGCCCUUGCCCGCUGAAGGAGAGGCACCCCCAGUUCAGGCGCCCUUGCCCGCUGAAGGAGAGGCACCCCCAGUUCAGGCGCCCUUGCCCGCUGAAGGAGAGGCACCCCCAGUUCAGGCGCCCUUGCCCGCUGAAGGAGAGGCACCCCCAGUUCAGGCGCCCUUGCCCGCUGAAGGAGAGGCACCCCCAGUUCAGGCGCCCUUGCCCGCUGAAGGAGAGGCACCCCCAGUUCAGGCGCCCUUGCCCGCUGAAGGAGAGGCACCCCCAGUUCAGGCGCCCUUGCCCGCUGAAGGAGAGGCACCCCCAGUUCAGGCGCCCUUGCCCGCUGAAGGAGAGGCACCCCCAGUUCAGGCGCCCUUGCCCGCUGAAGGAGAGGCACCCCCAGUUCAGGCGCCCUUGCCCGCUGAAGGAGAGGCACCCCCAGUUCAGGCGCCCUUGCCCGCUGAAGGAGAGGCACCCCCAGUUCAGGCGCCCUUGCCCGCUGAAGGAGAGGCACCCCCAGUUCAGGCGCCCUUGCCCGCUGAAGGAGAGGCACCCCCAGUUCAGGCAGUUUUGCCAUCUCAACAUAGUGCCUGUUUGGUUCCAAUCACUCCUGUAGGUGAUGCUGUCGAUCAGGUCCCUUUCCCUCCUCUGGGUACAGAUGAAGCAGGUCAGGUGCUUUUGUCCCCCAAAACUCUCAAUCAAUUGACCUUUCCCUCUGAGGCAGUUGCCGAGCACACCCCUGGCCCUGCUGCCAAGGCAGUCGCCGAGCAUGCCCCCGACUCUCCUGUUCCUCGUGAUCCUGUCGAUGUUGAUGGCCUGCUCUUGUCUACUUCUGAUACUGCCUCUGUGUUGUUGCCUUCUGACGAUAUGUCCUCUGCUCUGUCCAUCACUGCCAGUGCCAUUAAAGGUCCACUUUCUGUAGACAGCCUUUUAAAUGCUCCAAUUGGCACCGCUGAUUUGCCAUUGCCCUCCAGUCCUCUGGUGAUUGCAGCAAAUGAGCUGUCAGUUGAGUCUCCAGUUACCCUUGUGGCAAUUGAGCCACAUGAUGCCAUGCCCCUUCAUAUUCCUGAACAGCCUUCAGCCAACUCUGAUUUUUCUGUGCAUCAAGACGAGUUCUGUGCCAAUGAGGCUACUCUCAAGCAGCCACUAACAGUAGUCCCAGCAGUUCAGCUGCUUCAGGCUUUUGACUCGUCUGCUUCAGAACUUCAUCCCCUGGUCUCUCAGCUCACUUUAUCUGACCAAGUUGCUCAGUGUACUGACUCGCUUCUGUCUCUUGAUCCUUCUGAGAAUUCACAGCUUAAGCCUCCUCUGCACGCUGCUACUAAGCUGCCACCCUCUAUACCUGUUUCUGAUUAUUCACCUAAUGAGGUACCUACAUCCACUGAACUUUCUUUAUCUUCAGAAUCUAGACCUGUCACUGAAUUUCCUCCAUCUCUCACUCUCCCACCUGCCUCUGUUCAACUCACUACCCCAUCCCCUGAAACGUCUUCGGCUGUCCAAAUUGAUGAUGAUGAUGAGAUGCCUCCUUUGAUUCCUGCUAUCAACGAGAUUCCCCCCUGUGAAGCUCCUGCCCCACCUGUUGUUGAGAAGGCAAUUCCCAAGAUUGCUCCGACUGGAAAGGAGUCGGUGGUGAAGCAAAAUGAUGAGGGGUCUGGGACAGAAUCGGACAGCGAUGAGUCGGUACCAGAACUGGAAGAACAGGAUACAACGCAGUCAGCAACACAGCAAGCUCAGCUUGCAGCAGCAGCUGAAAUCGAUGAAGAGCCAGUUAGCAAAGCAAAACAGAGCAGAAGUGAAAAGAAGGCACGAAAAGCAAUGUCAAAACUAGGUCUUCGCCAGGUUACUGGGGUAACAAGGGUUACAAUAAGAAAAUCGAAAAACAUACUGUUUGUCAUCACAAAGCCAGAUGUCUACAAAAGCCCUGCAUCAGAUACCUAUAUUGUUUUUGGUGAAGCUAAGAUUGAGGACCUAUCUCAGCAAGCUCAGCUUGCUGCUGCAGAGAAAUUCAAGGUACAGGGAGAAUCUGUUGCUAAUAUCCAAGAAAACACACAGACUCCAACUGUACAGGAGGAAAGUGAAGAAGAAGAGGUUGAUGAAACUGGUGUGGAGGUCAAGGACAUAGAAUUGGUCAUGUCCCAAGCCAAUGUGUCUAGGGCUAAGGCUGUCCGUGCAUUGAAAAAUAACAACAACGAUAUUGUAAAUGCUAUUAUGGAGUUGACGAUGUAAGCUGCAGGAAAUAAGUGGGUAACAGUCCUUUUGGUGCAGCAUCAGUACAUUUGUACCAUUUAUAUUCAUAAACCUUAAAUAAAAAUGUGGCUUGAAAUAGUUAA